UUGUAAUCGUGCUUUUCAUCACAAUUGAGAAGAUAUUUUGAAGCCGAAUAUGAAAGCAUCCAGCAUCCCAUCCAUACUGCUCAUUUUUUCCACUCUAACCCUUGGAAACACCAAUAAUAAUCGCACUUACAUCCAGGACGAAAAUUCCAUUUGGUACGACGUGGGAGAAGUGACAGGUCUGCUCUUGAAAACAUGUCUGGAUACAGCCGCCACGCCGAAAACCGGAUUGGAGUUUUUAGACGCGUUCCAGAACUGCCUACGUCGUAAAAGUUUGCUUGUUUUGAAUAGAUCGUUAAGGGCUGACGUUAUAAGUAUCGGCAAAGGAAUCCAAUUGGUUAAAUAUAGAGAUGCGAAUUUAACGCACUCAGACAGAGUGAACAGUAGAGGGUCGAGCAGAUUCAUAAGAGAUCAGGUAGAUUGGAACAAUGAGGUAUCACGAAGGCUUUUCGAUCUAUUCGAUACCCAUGAACUUAAAAUAGAUCUAAACUCUGAUGACGAGACACAAGCAAGACACCGAGGUCGCCGGAGGAAGGACAACAUGAUGGUUUCCCUCUUAGUAUUCGCUAUAGUAGCGGUCGGUUUGAUAGUAAUUCCCAUGGGCUUCCAAUUCCUGGCAGUGCUCGGUGGUAAAGCUUUACUCCUCGCCAAACUGGCACUCAUCCUGUCGUCGAUACAGGGAUUGAAGAAGAUAGCGACUAGCAGUUUCAAUUACGGCCUCUACUCCCACUCAGCGCCUGGCAACCCAUGGCACUACGAUAGACAAUGGACGCAUCACCCAUCAUCAACUUAUGACUCAGCCCACGGUGGAUAUCACAGCAGUCAUGAACCUUAUAGCUUUUUACUCCAUCCAAGAAUAGAUGAGGAGAACUGAGUUGGGAUUAUUGAAUGAUAUUGAAAGUGUACCUUUUGUUCAAAUAGCUCAU